AUGGCAUAUAACAGUUACGGAGGAAGCAGCAAUUUUGGAGGAGACUUUAAACGAAGAGGAGACUUCUCAUCAGGUGAUAGAAAGGAGAAUGGAAGAUUCGGCGGACAAAGAAGAGGCGGGUUUGGAGAAACCAUGCAGGACAACGGCGCAGUUGAGUUUGACAAAGAGUUCUAUACUGAGCACACUGCACAAGUAAAUUUAACAGAGCAGGAAGUUAAUGACUUAAGAAAGCAGUUUGACAUGACUAUUACAGGAGAAAACAUUCCAAAGCCAUGCUUAAACUUUGAGUACUUUGGAUUCCCAUCAAGCGUCAUGGCAGCAUUCAAGAGUGCAGGAUACAGCGCACCUACUCCCAUUCAAGCACAGGGAUGGCCAAUGGCCCUUUCUGGAAGAGACAUGGUCGGUGUAGCCAACACUGGGUCCGGUAAGACUCUUUCAUUCAUUCUCCCUGCCUUAAUACACGCCAAGGCACAGAAGCCACUAAGAUCUGGAGACGGGCCAAUUGUUUUAGUUCUUGCCCCAACCAGAGAGUUAGUUUCUCAGAUUGAGGAAGAGGCAUCCAAGUACGCCAAGUACUUUGGCCUGAGAACAGUUGCUGUAUAUGGAGGUGCCCCAGCAGGCCCACAGAAGGGAGCAAUUAGAAGAGGUGCUGAAAUUCUUAUCGCCACCCCAGGAAGACUUAUUGAUCUUUUCGACCAGAAAGCUGUGUUCAUGAGCAGAGUUUCUUUCUUAGUUCUUGACGAGGCUGACAGAAUGUUGGAUAUGGGAUUCGAGCCCCAGCUCAAGAAAAUCAUCCCAGAAACCAACCCAAAGAGACAGACUCUUAUGUGGUCCGCAACAUGGCCAAAGGAAGUAAGAUCUCUUGCCAGAAACUACAUGACAGACUACAUACAGGUCAAGAUUGGAUCCGCUGAUCUGGUGGCCAAUGUGAAGAUCACACAGAAGACUUUCAUGGUAGACCACUGGGAGAAGGACAAGAUGCUUUCUGACGUGCUUACCGACGUAGCAGGCGAUGAGAAGGCUAAUCCCAAGAUUAUCAUUUUCUGUAACCAGAAGAGGCGAUGUGAUGAUUUAGUUGACAAGAUGCAGGAGUAUGGAUGGCCAGCAGAGGCACUCCACGGAGACAAGCCACAGAACCAGAGAGACAGAAUUAUCCAGGACUUCAAAUCCGGAAAAAGAAGCAUUCUUGUGGCAACAGACGUCGCUGCAAGAGGUCUUGAUGUUAAAGACGUCAAGGCAGUUAUCAACUACGACUUCCCAACAAACUGUGAAGACUACAUCCACAGAAUAGGAAGAACUGCUAGAGGAAAUUCAGUGGAAGGUCUCUCAAUUACUUUCUUCUCACCUAAAGACGACAGAUCAAAUGCUAGAAAAUACACAGAAAUCCUAAAGGACUCUAAUCAAGAAAUACCUCAGGAUCUUGCAGCACUUGCUUCAAGAGGAGGAGACAACUAUGGCGGAGGAAAUAGAAGAUUCGGAGGAAAUAGCAGAUUUGGAGGCAACAACAGGCCAAGAGGAGGAGUAAGACGAGGAUAAAUAGGCUUAUUAAUAUUAGAUAGUCGUACCACUCUCAGAUUUCACAUCUAGCGUUAUAUUUUAACGCAAUAAACAA